AUGUUUUCUACCGUAAGCAUUCUUUUCCGACUUCGAAUCAAAAUUUCGGUUUUUCCAGGCUUCGAUCGUCUUGUGCUUAUUUGCUGUUGCGACAGCGUUUCCAAUGCCUGGUCCGAAUGGCUUGGCAGGCAUGAACGGACUGGAUGGGUCAACCGGUGUGAUCGGAAACGGACAAAGUCUUCCUGAAGGCCUCAGUGGACUUUCUGGACAAUCUGGAAUGUUCGGAUCUGGUCUGGGACUUCCAGGCAGUCUGAAUGGGAACUUCUUGGGACAACAGCAGUUUCCAAUGAACCAGUUCCAAGGAAACAGUCCUUCGAGCUACGAAUUUGCUUCGAUAAUCUCUCAAAACCCUGCUGGUAAGAUUUCAAAACUUCUCAAUCCUUCAUUUUGCAAGAACGCGUGCGUUCGCGAAGCGGGUUUUCGAAAAUAAUAAGAAGUUUCCUUGACCUAGGCGCUGAAUAGUUUCCUUCACGAUAUUCGAAACCGCAAGAUUUAAAAAGUCAAAAAUCUAGCUUUCCGAACUACAGAAACUCGAGUUUCGUACUGAAUAGCCAUGUUUCAGCUCUGCAGUACAUUCUGGCGACUCUGCAACAAUCUGGAGCCUCGCCCAGUUCCUUGUUCGAUAAAAUCCGAGGCCAGCAGCAGAACAGCUUCUCUGGAUCCAACAACUUCCCGGGAGCUCCUUCCCGCGACUUGUUCGGACCUGAGAACUUCCCAGGAAUGAACUCUGGCUUCGGAAGUCCGUCUGGAUCCAACGGCUUCUUCGGGCCUGAGAACUUCUCCGGAUUCCGUCGUCUUCCAGCUAUGAAUGGACGUUACAGCGAUGAUUCUGGAGCCAAUGCCUUUCCAGGAAUGAACGGCCCAAGUGGAAACAACGGACUCCCCGGUUUCAAUGGUCUUUCUGGGGACAGCUAUCCUAGCUUUCCUGGAAUGAACAGAUUCUCCGGACUCAGUGGAAACAACGGAUUCUCUGGAACCAACAACUAUCCUGGAAACAACGGAUUCUCCGGCCCCAGCCUUGCCCGAGACAGCUUCCCUGCCUUUUCCAGCUUCGGAGGUCUUUCUGGCCAGAACGGCCUCUCAGUAAUCGGCAACUAUCCUAGUCAAAACGGAAUUUCCGGACUCGGCGGUUCCAACAGCUUUCCUGGCCUCGGAUACCCUUCCCCUCUUUCCAGAUUUCAAAACUUCCCAGGAUUCGGCUCUCAACAAGACAUGAACCAAGGAUCGAGCGGUCUUACUGGCUACGGUGGAAUCUCCGGAAUGACUGGACAGCUCACCCUCAACUUUAGCAAGAAAUAGAAAGAGAAACCUCGUUUUAUUGUAUAAUUUUGUUUAUGUAGUAUAAAGCGUCUAUAUUUCUGGUGAUUCUUGGGGAAAGGAAGGAACAAUGAUGCCUCUUUAGCUUUUUGGUAUUUCAAAUCGAAAUAAGUGUAAAUUUUGACAUUGGAAGAUUUUUCAAAAAUUCGAGUUUUUUCGACAACUUUGAGCAAAGUUACCGGGAAAAAUUCCAUUUUUACCCCAAAAAUCCCAUUUUUUCCCAAGGAGCUCAAUUCACUGAAAAAUCCAGAAAUGUUUCCAAAUAUGCUCAUCUACUUCCUAAACCUCAUAUUUGUACAAGAUCAGGUCCGAAACUGUUCUGUGCCAGUGGAAAACCUCAAACACAACAGUUUUGGGCGAAGCAAGCAGUUUCCGCUUUACAUUGACAAGGACGCCGUGAAGUCAAUGAAAAAGACGGCCGAAAAAACUACACACACACAACGGACUCCCCCCAUUAAAUGUUGUGAGAAUGAGAAAGAAUAGUAGGAAAAAAGCGCUUCAAACACUGACAAGCCUCGAUAGAGACACCAGAGACACUGAAUGAGAGCGGAAAAGGAGAAGCGGAACUUGACUGUAACAAACGCCUGAAACCUCUUAAGGGCAUCGUAUAUAAAGCCAAGGGGGAACGUCAAUUGGCAACAUCUUCGGCGCCUCUUCUCCUCUUCCGACUUCCCUCUUGACUUUCAAUGCAUUUCAAAUUGAACUGGUUUUACUUUAGGAUUUUGAAGCUUCUGGAGUCUUUUUGAUCAAGAAUUUUUCAAAAGUUCAAAGCCUCCAGAUAAAACGAACUUUUUUUUCCAAUUGUAAUCUCAUCCCUGAAAGCUUAACUAAAACAUCAUUCGAUCAUGAUUUUCUUAAAAAUUCCGAGACUUACUUCUAAGGUUCCACCAGAAUUAUUCCGAAACUAUUUCCUUUGAUGAAUUGAAAAUUCCCCUUCAAAACCCUACUAUAAUUCGGGAAGAAAAGCUUCAUAAUACAAAAAAACCUCUAAAACUCGAACUUUCAAACAUUAAUCUGGAAAAUUCUUUCGGAAACUCAUACCGAGAACAUCUUCCUUUGAAAUUUGAAAAUUCAAAAUUUUCCUGGACCUCACGAAAGUUAAAAAAAAAUCUUGUUUUUCAUCUUCUACUUCGCAUUAUAUUUUCUCACACCAAAGCUCUAUCCAAAGUUCAAGUUCUGAAAAUUCAGGCCAUGUCGUUCGACGAUCCAAAGAAGCUCCAGCAAGAGACGGAAAACUUCCGCAAGCUUGCCUUCACCGGUCAGUCCUUUGAAUCUCUCUUAAAGAACCUCUUGAAUUGAAUAUUUUCGGAUAAAUCGUCUUAGAAACCUCUUACAGCUCAAACCAAGCUGAAUAGUAAAAAAAGCUUCAAUAAAAAAAAUACUCUCAGGAAUCGUCAUUUCGACAAUCGCCACGCUGACGGCAAUCAUCGCCGUGCCCAUGUUGUACAACUACAUGCAGCACGUUCAGUCCUCGCUUCAAUCUGAGGUUCGUCUCAGUUCAAAAUAUGCAUAUCAAGAAAUCCUCCUUUACAGGUCGAUUUCUGCCGUCACCGUACCGACAGCUUGUGGCAAGAAUACCAAAGCGUGAGUAGUCCACAUUUUCCACCAAAAAUCUUCAAAGGAAGUUCUUUUAAUUUCCAGAUCCAUUGAGCCACUGAGAAAUAAUCCUUCGAUGAGAUAAAUUACACCAGAUCAUGUUCACAAUCUAACUUCUCGAACCUGAUACUAACCUAUGCAAACUCCUCAUUUCCAGUACCAAACCGUGACCGGAGUCACCGGCCGCAUCAAGCGCUCCACUCAACACCGUGCCGCCGGCGUCGCCUCUCACCACCGUAGCCCGAUCCGUCGUCAAGCCUACGGUGACGCCGCCGUCGGAGGCUCUUCCUCCAGCGCCGGAGGCAGCUGCUGCUCGUGCGGAGUCGGAGCCGCUGGACCAGCUGGUGCUCCAGGAGCCGACGGAAACCCAGGACGCGACGGUGAGGCUGGAGCUCCAGGAGCCCCUGGAUCUGACGCCAGCGACGACGGAUCCUCUUCUGCCCCAGAGUUCUGCUUCGACUGCCCACCAGGUUUGAUAUUCUUACGAACCCAAACCAAAAAACUGCUUUUCCAAGUCACCAAACCGUAGAAAUUACACUUUUGAUCUAUUAGGUCAAAAGAACUAUACUUAAAGUCCUCUUAAACAUGAUAAAAAACGAAAUAUUCUCAGGACCAGCCGGACCAGCUGGACGACCAGGACCAAAGGGAGCUCCAGGAGCCCCAGGAGCGCCAGGAAGCGGCGGCGGCGCUGCUCGUCCAGGACCACCAGGACCAGCCGGACCCGCCGGAGCCCCAGGAAACGACGGACAGCCAGGAGCCCCAGGAGCCCCAGGAGCUCCAGGACAGGUCGUCGAUGUUCCCGGCACUCCAGGACCAGCCGGACCACCAGGACCACCAGGACCGGCCGGAGCUCCAGGACAGCCAGGAGCCCCAGGACAAUCCUCGCCAGGAGCCCCAGGACCAGCCGGAGACGCCGGAGCACCAGGAGCGCCAGGACAGCCAGGAGCGCCUGGUGAGAACGGCCCCGACGGAGAUUCUGGCAACGGCGGCAGCUGCGACCACUGCCCACCACCUCGCACCGCCCCAGGAUAUUAA